UGUCCCUCUUCUUUUUUUUUUCUUGCCCGUUGUCGGCUCGCCAUGAAUUUGCUGGUCUUGUGUGACUGUUCGAGAGCCCGCCCACUUCGAUACACCAACAUCGUGGAAUAUUUAUUCUUGCCAUUGAACCACCCUCAACGCUCCGCAAGCCUGCUGGUGGGCUUUUCCUUACGGAUAUACUAAAUUUUUAUAAUUUUAGCCACUUAGCAGCGUGCUCUGGGUAGCUCUCCUCUGCCCUUAGAGUCUUCCUACGCCUGCCUGCCGUCUACAGCCGUUCUCUUCCCCCUCGGCCAUGCUUCGCGUCCGACCGGCAAGCCGAGCCUUCGAGGCCCUGGCUCGAACUUCACAACAGCGACGUUUCUUCAUUGCCUCGCCUAUAUCUGCUGGCAUACAGUCCAGAAAAAAGGUCCCUGCUGGCAUCAGAAAUCAAGCUACAUCAGCACAAGCAACGCCUCAGGUUAGCGAGGUGCCUCCUCCAGCAUUGAAUCCUACGAGCCCCAAGGACCGAAGCCAUGUUCAACCCUUGGUCAAUCCUCGGACACCCGACGUGGAUGAAUCAUUCAUCGGAAAGACUGGAGGCGAGAUAUUCCAUGAGAUGAUGCUGAGAAGAGGCGUCAAGCACAUAUUUGGAUAUCCCGGUGGGGCUAUUCUCCCCGUCUUCGAUGGCAUCUAUAACUCGAAGCAUUUCGAUUUCAUUCUUCCCAAACACGAGCAAGGCGCAGGACACAUGGCUGAAGGCUAUGCGCGCGCCUCUGGACUGCCUGGUGUCGUGCUUGUAACCUCCGGCCCGGGUGCUACCAAUGUCGUCACUCCGAUGCAGGACGCCCUAUCAGACGGGACGCCCUUGGUCGUGUUCUGCGGUCAGGUUCCCACCUACGCUAUCGGUAGCGACGCAUUCCAAGAGGCAGAUGUGGUCGGGAUUUCGCGUGCUUGUACGAAGUGGAAUGUUAUGGUUAAGAACAUCGCCGAGUUGCCCCGAAGGAUCAACGAAGCCUUCGACAUUGCAACCAGUGGGCGACCAGGCCCUGUGCUUGUCGAUCUCCCAAAGGACGUUACCGCCGCUGUCUUGAGGAAAGCCAUCCCUACCGAACCAGCCCUCCCGGGUCUACCUAGCGCGGCAUCGCGCGCGGCCAUGGAAGCUACUCAAAAGAUGCUAAGCGCAUCCCUUAAUCGAGUAGCCGAGUUGACCAAUAUAGCCAAGAGGCCCGUCAUUUAUGCCGGACAGGGCGUCAUCUCGUCACACGGCGGACCGGGGCUCCUUAAAGAGUUCGCCGAGAAGGCGUCGAUUCCCGUAACUACCACCCUCCAGGCCCUCGGAGCCUUCGACGAGCUUGACGAGAAGUCGCUUUACAUGCUUGGCAUGCACGGCUCCGCGUUCGCUAACAUGGCCAUCCAAGAGGCUGAUCUCAUCGUUGUCCUCGGUGGUCGUUUCGACGACCGCGUGACGGGCAACGUGAGCAAGUUCGCACCCGCAGCUAAGGCCGCCGCCGCCGAGGGCCGAGGAGGUAUCGUGCACUUUGAGAUCAUGCCGAAGAAUAUCAACAAGGUCGUGCAAGCAACUGAGGCUAUAGAGGGAGAUUUGUCCGAGAACCUGGCCCGGCUUCUGCCUCUGAUCAAAAGGACAAGCAUGGCCGAUCGGAAAGAAUGGUUCGAUAAAAUCAACUCGUGGAAGGCCAAAUGGCCCAUGGCCAACUUCGAGCGCACGGAACGGGCCGGGAUGAUCAAGCCGCAGAUCCUGAUCGAAGAGUUGAGCAAACUAACGGCGGAACGGAAAGAACACACUAUUAUUACGACUGGUGUCGGCCAGCACCAAAUGUGGACGGCGCAGCAUUUCAGGUGGCGAUAUCCCCGUACGAUGAUUACGUCGGGCGGGCUUGGUACCAUGGGCUAUGGCCUCCCCGCUGCCAUUGGCGCUAAGGUUGCCCGGCCUGACGCCCUCGUCAUCGACAUCGACGGCGAUGCUUCGUUCAAUAUGACUCUCACCGAGCUGUCAACGGCUUCGCAAUUUAACAUCGGCGUCAAGGUCAUCGUCUUGAACAACGAGGAGCAGGGAAUGGUCACGCAGUGGCAAAACCUUUUCUACGAGGACAGAUAUGCGCACACGCAUCAAAAGAACCCCGACUUCAUGAAGCUCGCCGAUUCUAUGGGAGUCCAACACCGGAGACUGGUCAAGCCUGAAGACACCGUCGAGUCCCUGAAAUGGCUCAUCAAUACCGAGGGCCCGGCCCUGUUGGAGGUAAUCACAGACAAGAAGGUUCCCGUCUUACCCAUGGUGCCUACAGGCUCCGGUCUACACGAAUUUUUGGUAUGGGAUGGAGAAAAGGAUAAAAAGCGCAGAGAGCUCAUGCGCGAGAGAACCUGCGGCUUGCACAGCUGAGCGGAAUUCCACUUGGGCUCGAUCUCGUCGGCGACUUGCAUCUCUCUUGGACUGUUUGGGAUACCAUGGGGAAAAAAUAAAAAUAAAAUCAUGGAGAUGUCGCGGGGGGCAAAAAGGGAGGGGACCACAUACAUUGACGGAAACCUAGGGAAUUAGGUCCUGUUAUUGUAGACCAUAAUAUUAUAGGUAGGUAUAUAUAUCUGCGUCGUCUGGGGGGACAUGCUAGUUUUGGCGAAGGCGUGCACAUGGGUUUAUUUGUUGGUAGUGAAGAAAAGAUACCUAUUGGUCAAGCAACUACCAAUGAAGGCUUUUUUCGCAACAGGUCUACUAUAUGCAUUACGCACCA